AAUCUGAUUGGUCCGUUUCAAACUUUAGACCGCGGCUGUGUUGUUGUGUUUAGUUAGCUGUUAGCUCUUAGCUGUAGCUUGCACACUAAAUAACACUAUUCUGUCUCAGUACCUGGUUAAUGUUCAACAUAUAACUUCCAGGAUGAUGGAAUCAUGUCUGAACAACAAGGGUGACAGACGGGAACAGGUAGAGGUCGACGAUUUGAAGAGAGAUCUCUCAUCUGAAUUCAGCACCUUACCGGACCCACAGCAUUCCAGCAUCGAGGAGAAAGAGCACCUUCAGGUCUACCUCCGCAUCCGACCCUUCAGCUCAGCAGAGAGCGAUAAUGGAGAGUCACAGAACUGUGUUACCAUUGAGCCCCCUGACACUGCUCUACUGAAGCCUCCCAGUUCUUCCCUCUCAGCGAGGCUUAGCACUGACAAAUCACUUCCACAGACUGGACAGCGCUUCCAGUUCUCUCAGGUGUAUGGUCCUGAGACAACACAGAGAGAGCUCUUUCAAGGCACAGUAAAAGAUUUGGUGAAAGAUGUUCUCGAAGGGGAAAACUCUCUGGUUUUCACCUAUGGAGUCACCAACGCCGGGAAGACCUUCACAUUCUUAGGUCCAGAUGCUGAUGCUGGUAUCCUGCCCAGGUCCCUCAAUGUAAUUUUCAGCAGUAUUGAUGAACAGGUGUUCACUGGGAUGAGCAUCAAACCCCAACGCUGCCGAGAGUUCACGAGGCUCACCAGGGAGCAGCAGGCUGAGGAAGUGGCGUUCAAGAAAAACUUCUUCAGACAACUUAAAGAGAGUGAGAAGAGCAACGCCAGCCUGUUGAACUCGACCAAUAAGACUCUCCUUGAAGGCUCCUCCACGACAGCAGCAAAUGACAAAAUCAGCCUGGCAGUGGAAGAGCACACUAAGUUCUCUGUUUGGGUUUCUUUCUGUGAAAUCUACAAUGAGAACAUUCACGACCUCCUGGAGGUGGUACCCAGCGGGGCCCUGAGGAGGACCGCGCUGCGCCUGUCACAGGACAUCAUGGGCAACGCCUUUGUCAAAGAUCUGCGUUGGGUUCAGGUAAACGAUGCAGAAGAGGCUUACAAGGUGAUGAAGCUGGGAAAGAAGAACCAGAGUUUCUCGUCCACCCGACUCAACCAGCUCUCCAGCAGGAGUCACAGUAUUUUCUCCAUUCGCAUAUUGAGGAUUGAAGACAUUGGGACUCCGAGGGUCCAUGCAGUCAGCGAGUUGUGUCUGUGUGACCUGGCUGGCUCAGAGCGAUGCGCCAAGACCCAGAAUAAAGGAGAGCGCCUGAAAGAAGCUGGAAACAUCAACACCUCACUGCUCAUCCUUGGAAAAUGCAUCAACGCACUGCGACACAAUCAGCAGGCCAAGCUGCUUCAGCACAUUCCCUUCAGGGAAAGCAAGCUGACUCACUACCUGCAGGGCUUCUUCUGUGGUCGAGGUAAAGCCUGCAUGAUAGUCAACAUUAACCAGUGUGCCUCCAUGUACGAUGAGACUCUCAACGUUCUCAAAUUCUCUGCUGUGGCACAGAAGGUUGUGGUUCUGUCCACCAAGCUCCUUCCCAUCAUGCCCCAGAGGUCCGCCAGAGAGAUAUCCUUCAUCAUCAACAAUGCCGAGAGGAAGGCUGUGCGGGGCAGCAGGAGGAGCUCCCUGAUUGGCUGGGAUAGUAGCCUUGAGGAUGUACAGGAGGAUGAGGAUGAUGAAUAUGAGGAAGAAAAGAGCCUGAUGGAGGACACAAUGGAUCAGACGGGCAAUGAAGAAGACGGCGAGGAAAGUGAUGAUAAAAUUCUCAUCUGUAAAAGGACACACCAGAGGCAGGUGGCGCUGUCGAAACAGCUGCAGGUCCAGCUGAAGAAGGAGCGAGCAGAGAACCUGCUCAUGGAGGCGCGAGUCAGAGAGGAUAUCAGCAGAGAGUUCUCAGAGCUCUUCUCUGAGAUGCAGAAUGACUACAAUGACCGUCUCGCGAGGGAGAGAGAAAUCUUGGAGGAGCGAGCAGAAAGGAGAAUGGAGAUCUUCAAGAACCUCAUUGACAAAAUGGGCACUGCUGGACCCAGUCAAGACGCACAAGCCAUGGACACAUCUCUGGACUCCUUCUCCUCUGAAUUGGCAGGCAUAAAGAAGGCUGCUCAUAAAUGUCUGGGUUCAUGCCGAGCAGGGGCUCAGGAAGACAGAAGAGCCGCUGUGGAGGAGCUGGAGAGGAAGGUGUUGGAACUGAAUGAGCACCAGCAGAAAGUCCAAGAGCAGAUGGCUAACAAACACAAUGGUGAAGCCAGCGGAGUAGAGGAUGAGGAGGAAAGGAGGCUUCUCCUUCAGGAGAAGUCGUCAGAGAUCGCCCAACUGGAAAAACAAGUGACGGAGCUAGGGUCACAGAGCUGCUCCUUGCUGGUUGAGGAGGGGAGUUCAUGUGAGAGAGAGCGGCUGCAGGAGGCGUUGGCUGACCUUAAGAGGGAGAAGGGAGGCAGAGAAGACGCCCUCGCUGCUUUGGAGUACCAGACUAUGGGAAGAGAGGAGGCCCUGGCAUCCUUAGAAGAGGAGAGAAAAGCAAGGGAGGAGGCCCUUGCCACACUCGGGGAGCUGAAGCGGAGCAAAGAGGAGGUGCUAGCAUCCCUUAAAGAAGAGAGAGAAGGCAACCAGAAAGCCAUGGCAGCCCUCGAAGCUCAGAGGAGAGCCAAGGACGAUGCCAUCGCAGCCUGUUCAGAAGAAAAGCAGUCUGCUGUGGAAGUGGAGAGGAAAGAGAUCAGCAGGCUGGUUGAGGAGAGAGAAAAAAGGCAACAGGAGGGUGAUGCACUUCGACAAGAAGUCAGAGAGCUGACUGCCAGACUGGAAGCCACAGAGUGCCAGGUGACCAGCAAGAAGGAGGGAGCUGAACAAGUGUCAGUCCAACUACAAACUGCUCAGGCACAACUGGACGAACACUCUAAGGAGAUCCAGGAGAAGACUUCCCAGAUCCACACCCUGACGCAGGAAGUUCAAAGCCUGAAACAGGAACUGCAAACUUCAGCAGCAUCGUCCGAUGGAGCUGUCGAUGAUCAGCUGAGAGAAGAAGUGUCGGAGCUACGGAAGAAUCUGGCUAACGAAAAAGAGAAAAAUGAGAGCAAGCAGAGACGGAUGCUGGAGCUGGAGCACGAGCUAGGACAGGCAAAAGAACAGUUGAUCUCCAACCAGCAGCUGGAACAGUUUACAGAUAAGCAGAAUCAACAAGAAGCAGCUUCAAAAAAGCAAGUUGAAGAGCUGAGAAAGAAGCUUCAGGAGCAAGAAAAGAUGUCGCAGCAACCACUGGAUGAACUGAGGGCCAAGCUCGAAUGCCAAGAACAUGCUUCCAAAGAAGAAGUAAAACAGCUGAGAGCAAAACUUGAGGAACAAACACAGGCCUCUGAAAAGCAGGCAGAGGAGCUCAACGGGAAGCUGCGAGAACAAGAAGCGGCGUCCCAACAGCAGUUGGAGGAGUUAAAGCACAAACUGAGUGAACAGAAUGCAACCUUCGACAAACUUUUAGAUGAUCUCAAGCAAAAGCUCAGCGAGCAGGAGCAAACUGCAGAGCUGCUCAAGGCCGAAUUAGAAGAAGCUAAGGUUAAAGGUUCAAACAACUCCUCUAGCUCUGCUGCUGAAGAGGAUCUCAAGACGUUGAACUCUGAUCUCCAGACUGAGAUUACAUCCCUGAAGUCAAAGGUUUCCAAAAUGGAAGAGACUACCAGCAAAACUGAAAUUCAGCCAGCCUCUUCAGAAAUGGAGAGAAUGCUAAAAGAAAAGGACAAACAGAUGGAGGAGAAGCUAGCAGAGGCGACCAAAGUGUCAGCAGAGAGAGAGGCAGAGCUGCAGAAAAAGCUAGUGGAUAAGGAGGCACAGGUAACAUCCCUGCAGAAGAACCUGCGGAAGGCGCAGGAGCAGCGGGAGGAGGAGGAGAGCCAGGCAGUCCAAGAGGCCCGACGCAGGGAGGUGGAGAGGCGCAGGGAGCUGCUGGCUGUGGCGCAUGAGGCCAUCGCUCAGAAGGACGCAGAGCUGGAGAAGAAAGCCGAGGAGAUCAACAGACUAAAAGAAAAUGCCAAGCAGGACUCGGACAAAGUCAAGAGCAUCAGCCUCGACCUUCAGAGGAAAGAUGACGACACUUCAGACCUCAGAGAGAAACUAGCCGACUACAAGAAGCAGAUCCAGCAGGUCCAGAAAGAGAUCUCGACCAUGAGAGAAGAGGAAAAGGUUUUGAGGCAGAAGCUGGCUGACACGGAGAAAGCCAAGAAGCAGCUUCAGUCUGACGUUGCCAACAGAGACAGAACCAUUCAGCAACUCAAAGUGGAACAAUCAUCUGACAUCAAGUCUGACCAGACGCUCUACCAGAAGGCCUGUAAAGACCUUGAAGCGAAGGAGCGUGUGAUGGAGGACAUGCGUUUGGCUCUGACGGAGCAGGAAGAGACGCAGGAUCAGAUGGAGCAGGUCUUGGAGGAGAAACUUAACCUCAUCCAGGAGCUCUCCAGCGAGGUGGAGACAUUGAAAGGGAUGUUGUUGCAGCAGGACCGUCGUGGAACCGACCGGCACCGUCAAGUCGACAGCCCAUCAGAUGACCUCAAGCUGGCCAAACAGGAAGCUGCCCAGGCUCAGGAAAGCUUGAAGCUGUGUGCAGAGAAACACCACGUCGAACGCAAAAAGUGGUUGGAGGAGAAGCUGUCCCUGAUCGGCCAAGCUAAAGAGGCGGAGGGCAAGAGGAACCAGGAAAUGAGGAAGUUUGCCGAAGACAGAGAACGCUACACUCGACAGCAGAGCCAGCUGUACAAAACCAGUGUUUCCCCUCCACAUAUUUUACAUGUCCCUCUUUGUCAGGAGUCUUUGUCAUCCCAGCUGGCUGAGAAGGAGCAGAUCAUGGAGAAGUGGAGGAAGGAGAGAGACACUCUGGUAGCUGCUUUGGAGGUCCAGCUACAGAAGCUUCUCUCCAGCCAAGCAGAGAAAGACAAACUCAUCCAACAGCUACGCCAAGAUAACAGACAGCCACCACAAGAGAGUGGUGAUAAUGGUGGCGUCGGCGUGGCAGAGCAUCAGGCUGCUCUGUCUGAAAGGGAGGCCGAGAUCCUGCGACUGAAGGAAGAGCUCAAGGCCUCAAAUGCCAACCAGGAGGGCACAGUCAAACAGACUAAAAGCAAUGAGGGCCCUGCUACAUUGGUUGGGAAACCCCAGUGUGAAUCCAUUAACAAGAAGUCAGGAGGAAGCAGGGAUACCAGAGCGUCAGUCAGCAGUCAGGGCUCAGCUGGCUAUCCGUCCGUGCUGGACUCCUCUGAGAUUUCCACAGAGAACGGCAGGAUGAGCCGCUUCCCGCGGCCGGAGCUGGAGAUCUCCUUCAGCCCUCUGCAGCCAAACCGCAUGGCUCUGCGGCGCCAGGGAGAGGAGAACACCGUCACCGUCAAAAUCACACGCUCUGCACGCAAGAGGAAGAGCGGAGAGAUGGAUAAGUCUCACAUUUUCAGGAGGAGUAAACGACGAACAAAACUUGAGGAAGAGGUGGAGGCAGAGAACAGAAGGAACACACGGACCAGACUGACGCCAAAGCUGACCCCACACCAAGAGGAGAUCUCUGCCCCAGCGGGUCGCCGCGACUCCCCGAGCAGCGUCCGCAGCAGAAAGGAAGGAACUCUGCAGAAGAUCGGAGGCUUCCUGCAGAGCUCCCCCACGCUGCUCGGCACUAAAGCCAAGAAGAUGAUGAGUUUGGUGAGCGGUCGGGGUAAUGCGGACUCAGCAGCCUCCUCUUCCUCCUCCUCCUCUUCCCUCAGUCUGAGAGCCAAAAUGAACAAAAGGAAACUCUACAGGCCUGAAAUCUCCUCCCCCAUGGACAUGCCCUCACACCCAAUAAUCAGCAGAGAGCCAGAGGAGAAAGAGAGUGACCAUCUGAUCAUUAAGAGGCGCCUUCGCUCCAGGAUGGCUAAAUAAUGAACCUACACCAUCUUUUUAUUUCUCAACACUAACAUUUAGCUGCUUAUAAGCCUUUAUCUAUGUUACAAGGGCUGGAAUGUCCCCAAACAUACCUUCUAACUUAUCUUAUUUAAUCUAAAAGUCUAUUUGAAUAGUUUAAUGCUGAGAAAAGUCACUAAUAUACAGCUGGUUACGUGGCAAUUAAAGGAGUAGUCCAACAUUUGAUAAAGUGCACUUUUUUGCUUAUCUGCUGAGAGUUUGAGAAGAAGAUAAAUACCACUCAUAUCUGCAAGCAAGAUGUUGAACUAUUCCUUCACAAUACUGAUGAAGAAUUGAAUCUUUUGUCUGGUAGAAAGAAUAAAGUUUUUUUUUUUUCUUGAAAUGUUCUAUGUUGUCCACAUUUACCAUCCAAUGACUCCAGAGUCUACACUACAUAUACUCUAUUCUCUAUAGUAAGCACUCUGAAUUUGUAUAUCUUUAGACAAAAGGUAUUACUACUUAUUAUUACAACUUUUUUUCUUACUUUGAUGUGCAAUUGUUAUUGAAAUGUCUGGUCUGUGCUGGAGUGUGGUUGGUAUUUUUUGUAUUAUUUGUUUACUUUUACUUUAUGCGAGUAAGCUACAACAGUUAAAAUUAUAAUAACCUCAGUUAUUGCUGAUUGCGAACAGCAGACACAACAGAAGCAUCUUUUUUUAAUCUUAUUGUGAACCACCAACUUAUUGAUUUAUCUUCUGAAAGUGAUCAAGCUGCUGAUAGAGCGAUGAAAAUAUCUCACAUUGUUCAAAGCAUCUUUCUUUUUUCAUUUUAACGGUUCAGAUAAGAAGUUAGAUAUUCACAUACCUAAUGUCUCUGUAGUUUACUUUGUAUUCAGCUGUAAGGUAUCCACACACUAACUCCUACUGCACUUUAUCUUCCUCGAACAAACUUUUGAUUGUACACUAAAUCUAGAUAAUGCAAGAUAAAAUCAUCAAUGUAAAUUUCUUGUAAACUUCUUGUAAAGUUCAGGGUUCUUUCUCUGAUUGCUAAAAUAAAUUACUUUAGGACUAGUGGAUGUUGAGGUCUUUAGAUCACUAUAUUCUGUUCUAGAUGAAGGACUGCCGAGUGUUUUUAUUUUGUACAGUAACAUUUUGUUAAAGCUGUCUGAGUUUAUAAAAAGUUAGUUUCAUUCCUGAAAUUGUGCAAUUUUCUGUAUUUUCACUCAUUUUUGAUAAAGAAAAAAAAGCUACCUUCAUACCUUUGUUCUAUAGGUCUUAUCAGACAUUUACCAAUUAAAAUAAAACACUACUUAUCAAAUAUGGA